AUUGUGACAUGGUAACUCUAUGCUUGUGACACCGUGCGAAGGAUCGACACGUGCAUCAAGCCGCCCGGCAAAACCGGGCCCUGCUAGCGCUGCCGUCGACGAGUGUGGAAGUUAUUCGAUUGCAGCAGAUCUGUCCCUACUGUGAGGGGAUGUCCGCGACCGAAGGAGGUGAGACAGUCGCGGGCCUUGCGUCGGAAGGCACAGCCGCUGGCGGUCACGAGAGCAUCAUGCCUUACUCCGAACAGAUCGUGGCUCGCCUAACAAAGCGAGGGCUGGACUUCGACCGCGCUUGUGAGUAUGACGAUAGCCACGCCGAUUGCUGGCUUUGCCACGACCUCGAUCGAUGGAGCAAAGUCUUGCACCCGGUGAGCUUCGAACUUGUCGAAACCGAGCCGGCCAAGCUGGCCAUCCGGUCGACGCGGACACGUCGGCGUCAGCUCGGCGACGACGAACUUUACGACGCCGCUUACGUCUUGUGCUGGCUGCCGAAGACGCAUCGGUGCGUUCAGCGCAUCGUGAUGGCAGACCCGAGGUCGUUAUUGUAUGGACCGGCCUCCACCCUCGCGUUGGCGCUAGGCAGGAGCGUCAACGUGCAGCAUCUGCAGCUCCGCGGUGCCAACAAAAAACCUUACUGCGAAGAAGAGCUUUCCGUAGGGCUGGCUGACCUUGGACAGCUCAAGAGCUUCGAAUUUUCCCGGUUCACCAUCAAUGCAUCAAUGUCGAGAUCCGUAGCAAAUUUGCUAACACGAAACGCGAGCCACCUUACUGCGGUUUCCAUCUCCUAUAAUAACAUGUCGCAGAAUUCCAUGGACUGCCUCUUGCGAGCGCUGCAGUGCUGUCGCUUCCUCGGCGAGCUGUCUGUCGUCGCGAACGAUAUUUCACGGGAAAGCGUGAACUCUAUCGCGAGCCUAAUGCGCGUCGCGAAGUCCUUGACCAAACUGAUGCUCGACCAGGGUCUGGACGACUACGUCAACCUAUUCACCUUAGCAGAGGCACUCAAGGCCAAUACGUCCCUACUGGAGCUUCACAUUGUUCGGUGCUACACGCGCUUCGUGCCCCUUUUUGAAGCGCUAAUCGCGAACAAGACCCUGAAGCACUUGGACCUGAACGGUUGCAACAUCUGCGACAGUAAUGCAGAGUCACUCGCGACAGCACUGCGUAGCAACGUAGGGCUGACAAAGUUGGAAUUAAAGGGCACUUAUCUCGAUGCCGACUCAAUGGUGACACUUGCUCAUAAGCUUAGGGAGAACUCCGCUCUCGAGUUCCUGGAUCUGAGGUAUAACACCGUGACUGUACGUGCUGUCAACACGUUUUGCAGUAUGCUGCGAAAUAACAAGACGCUAAAGAGUGUGCUGUUUUCUGAAGUUGAAGCUACAGAACUGGAAAGGUCAACUCUCUCCUUUGAAAUGGCGCAAGCCGAAGGCUACAACCGUAUCCAGAUGUCUUGGGCCGAGCCCGACCUUCCUCCACUGUCUGCAGCCGUGGCACUUGGUUCAAAGUUGCUCACAGAACUCGACCUAAGCGAUGCCUCCAAACUCACUGAAAUGAGCAUUUGUGCGCUGCUUCAAAAUCUCGCCACAAAUGAAUAUGUGCGAACUGUAACAGUCGAUUUAGGAGAUCGCAAACAAGUCGCUGUUGCGUUGUGCUGUGUGCUCGCCUUGAACCAAACUAUCCAGAAUCUUAAUAUUAGGACCCAUGGGCUGCUUGGCAUGGUCGCCGAGGCGCUCGCGACAAAUACCACUGUGAGUCAAGUAUGUUUGAAAAGCUAUAAAGUAUCCUUGAAGUCGCUCAAGUCAAUUGCUUUUAUGCUGACAAAGAACACCGCAAUCACUAACCUGAAGUUGAACACUGGGGACUCCAUGUGCACUAAACGCCUUGCCAUUCUUUCACGUGCCCUGGUGCAAAACCAAUCUAUUGUCGAUUUGACGCUGAGCGCCGUGACAAAUGCAAACCACGUGUCUUCCCGUAUGUUCACCUCCAUUCGACGGAACACCAGUCUUCUGAACAUGGCUGUGAGAUUUCUCGCACACCAGAGCCUAGAUAGGCAGGCUGCAGUGGCAUUCGAAGCCCUCAGUGAAAAGGCGUCACUUGUUCCACACUUAAUGAAAGUGACCAAACAGACUCGGGAUAAGGCAAAAAAGGCCGUAGUGUUGGCAAAGCGUUACAUUCAGUCAAACUACUUUCAACUAGCGGGCAUUGUGAGAGAAAGUGUUGUUUUCCACCUUGGCAAGGGACGAGACAUUCGCGCCUUGAAUUACGAGUGCCUCUCUGCCAUAGCACGAUAUCUCAAGCUGUCAGAUGUCGUCUCUGUAGAUUGCAGCAACCCUACUAGACAGCCGUAAUUUAUUUGGGUAAAUCUGGUGGAGCCUCAUGUUUA